AUGCCUACAAAAGGUCAAUGUCCUCUGUAUCCAUGGAGCUUGAAAGAAAAGGAAGAAAUACGCAAAGAACUUGGGAUUAAAGAAAGCAUAAUAAAAGAGGAUAUAGACGCGAUUAUUGAAUGGUUUUACAAACAACCACAUUUGGCUGAAGCCCCGAUUGAUCGAGACUACGUGGAAAUGAUUCUUAUCGCAUCAAAGUGUUCUAGGGAAAAAACGAAACGUAAGAUCGACCACUUUUACAAGCAAAGGUCACUAGCACCGGAAUUAAUAAAUACGAGGAAAGAUGUUUUGUUAGAUCCUGAUGUCGAACUAUGGACAUUUUACCGACAAGCCGCUAUGUUAAAAUUGUACAAGGGAAAAAGAAUUUCAAUUUAUAAAAUAAGCGACCCCGAUCCUCGAAAGUUUUCAAAUGAAGAAACUUACAGAAAUACAAUAAUGUUGGGAGAUCUACGAUGUAAAUUCGAUUAUAUGCUUGGAGACAUUUGGAUUUUUGAUUUACAGAACGCAACAAUUGGUCACAUAUUACGAGUUAAUCUGAACUUAAUACAGAAAUUUAUCAGUAUUAUUCAGGAUGGCAUUGGUUUCAAAAUGUAUGAGGUACAUGUAAUACAAGCGCCUGCUGUAACUCAAUUCAUAUUCAACCUUUUCAAGCAAUUCGUCAAACCGAAAUUAUUCGAGCGAUUCAUGUUUCACGAAGAUAUAGAAGAACUUUACAAAUACGUUCCUGUAGCUUAUCUACCUAAAGAUUAUGGUGGUGAGGAGCCUUCGUUGGACGAAUUUAGAGAAAUGUACAAUAAAGAAUUGCGAAAAGAUGGCGUAAGAGAUUAUCUGAUUGAAUGCUGCAAACAAGUUUCAAAUGAAAAGUUGAGGCAGGGUGAUUUUAAUGAAGAGUAUUUAGUUGGAACAUUUAAAAAGUUAGAAGUUGAUUAAGAAAAUUAUUAUCAUUAAUGGAAUUUAAGUAAUGCAUUUACUUCUACUUAACUUUAAGUGCUUAAUGGAAUAAAAUUUAAUGGAAACAA